GGAGCCACCUCCCCGCCGGGACGGAGGCCAGGGCCUUUCCCCUGCCCCGCGGUCCCCCCGCACAGGUGCACCCCGGGCGGGCACGGCGGGACAGCCGCCCCGGCCGACAGCCGCCCCCGCUGCCGCCCUGCCCCCGCCCCGGGGGGCUGCCGGGCAAGGCGGCAUUGUUGGCCGCGUCCAUCACUCCUCGUCCCCGGCUUGACAUAAUGAAUGCGCUUGGACACACCUUCCAGCCCGGCGGAGAGGCGCCGCGUCUCCACGGACCGCCUCGCCGAGCGCUCCGCUCCGCUCCCCGCAGCGCUCGGGCAGGCGCCCCGCCAGCCCGCCCGGCCCCACAGCCCGGCGCCCCGUCCCAGCCCAGAGAGGGGCCGCGGCGGCCGGGCCGGGCCGGGUAGGGCAGGGCAGGGCGAGCAGGGUGGAAGCCCUCGCCAUGCUGCCCAGCGCCCUUUACUGGGACCUGGUGGGCUCCUCGGCUCUCCUCAACCUGCCGGCGGCGCCGGGCUUCGGCAACCUGGGCAAAAGUUUCCUCAUCGAGAACUUGCUGCGGGCCGGGGCGCCGAGCCCUGCGCAGCUCCGUCCCGUCCCCGCCAACCCUGUGCCCCUCAAGCUGUGCCCCGCGGCGGAACAAAUCAACCCCUCGGGGGGUCCCUUCCCGGCAAGAUGGGCUUUCCAAGUGCUUAACCCCUCUGCGGCGGACGGCGGCCGCCCGCCAGCGCGGGCCGCGGCGGCGGAGAGAGGCGGCAUCUUCCCGCCGGCAGCCACAGCUCUUUCCAAACACUUUUUUCUCCGAGCCCCACCAUUCUACUCAGCAUGCUGCGGUGGGUCCUGUCAGCAUCCUGCAUCCCCCACUGCUUUUCCAAGGGAGGAAAGUGUGCUGCCACUUCUGACCCAGGAGUCUAACUCCAAAUCCCGGAGAGGCAUAUUAAGAAGAGCUGUCUUUUCUGAAGACCAGAGGAAGGCUUUGGAGAAAAUGUUCCAGAAGCAGAAGUAUAUUAGUAAAACAGACAGGAAGAAACUGGCCCUUAACCUGGGUCUAAAGGAGUCUCAGGUGAAAAUUUGGUUUCAGAAUCGAAGGAUGAAAUGGCGAAACUCCAAAGAAAAAGAAGUGCUUUCUAACAGGUGCCUCCAAGAAGAAGGUCUUCAGGAGAACUACCUCUCACGGUCCACCAUGAGUUUUACCUCCCCAUGCACAUCUGUGUGGGAAAUGUCUGAAGAGCGGGCAAGUCCAAGGUGGAGGGAGAAUUCUCCAGGAAAUUCUGAAAGACUGACUAGUACACAACCACCUCCAAGAGCAAAUUCAUUGCAGAGCCCACUCUGUUUGUAUCCUGACCAAGACACUGCAAACAAGGCAUCGUCAAGUGUAAGGGAGUAGGGGCAGUUUCUAAAUGGAGUGGGAGAGUGCAGGCUUCAAAUGAGCAGUCUUUUAAGAUUAACAAUAUUUGAACAUUGUAAAGCUAACUAGUUUAUGCUUCAAAAAUAUGCUAAAAUCUAACACCAUUAAAAUUACAAACAACUAAUGACUUAAGAAGUAUUUUUCACUAUUCAGUCUUUUCUCGUGUCUUUUCCAGUCUUGCACUGACCUUAAAAGUAAAAUAUGAACUGAUGGUAAGUAGAAUGAAGUGAAGAACAUGAAGCUGCAUUUUACUCUGAUUUAUACAUCUGCACUGUAUGUGAUGUUCGUUAAAAACACACUAAUAGAGAAUCACUUUCAUCUCUCAUUGUAGUCAGACCAAUUAAUUUCUUCUGUGCAUGAGAUAAGAAGAACUCUGUUUCUCUCAAGGCAGUAAGUGGUUUUGGGUUCUUUUAGAAAUUCAUUAAAUAACACAUAGAUUCCUAUGGACAAAUAUAA